AUGUCCAAGAUUAGUGGUUGGUCCGAAGAGUUUAGUGCACGCUUGAAAAGAAUUCAGCCUCAAGAUCAGUUUGAUAACAUUUCCAUUGAGUCAGAUUCAUUUCAAGAAGAAAGAGACUUUGGGUUCAUUUCGCCAUUUCCAGGUUCAUCAAGCUGUGGUAGGCUCAAUCCAUUGUUCUUUGAGGAUCCAGAGUUAGAAUUGUUGACAAGUCCAUGUCCUUUGGGCCAAUUGAAUUUCGAUUUACUUGAUCCAGUGCCCACAGUUCAAAGCCGAACAAAGGAAAACUUAGUUCCAAAACCAGAAAUGGCAUCGAUCAGAGAGCAAAAUGGCCAAGUAGAAGGAGCAGUUGGGGGGACAUCAUCCUCUAACAUAGCGUACCCUGUUCCAGAGGAGGGCAAGACGAGUGAUUUUGAGUUGAAGAGUGGGUUCCUGCAUCAUUUGCCUAAGUUCCAUGGACUCUCAGGAGAUGACCCCAAUCAACAUCUCACUCUGUUCCAGUUCAACUGUGAGACUAUGUGCCCUAGAGGAGCAGACAUUCAGAUUGUAAAGAUGAGAGCGUUUCCUUAUUCAUUGGAGGAUCGUGCUCAAAAGUGGUUGUUUGAGGUACCUGCUGGUAGGAUUACUUCAUGGACAACAAUGGUCAAUGAGUUUUUGUCGAAGUAUUUUCCCUCAUCAAGGGUGACACACAUCAGGAAGCAGAUAACAGGAAUCAAGCAAGGACCAGAUGAGUCAUUCUACAAUUACUAUGAGAGGUUCAAAUCUCUUGUAGCAUCAUGCCCAGCCCAUGGGAUUAGAGAAGUUGCUGGACAAAGUCAAUUGAAUACCGUGACUCAAACUUUGGUGGUGGGUCAACAAGCGAAUAGCAAAGACAUUGCGGAGCUAAAAACGCAUAUGGGUCAGGUAGUAGACUUCAUGGGCCGUUUUUCUGAGCAAGGAAAGUUGCCAAGUGGGGUCAUACCUAACCCAAAGAAUGAGCAAGCCCAAGCUAUCAUGACAAGGAGUGGACUCGAGCUAAAGGAGCGGCCUAGUAUUUCUAGGAAGGCCCAAACAACCCAUGUUCUUGAGGAGGGUGACGAGAUGACUAUGAUGAAUGUCUUGGAGAAAGAUCCAUCUACCUCCAAGAAGGAGAGUGUGCCGAUCCAUGAAGCACACAAAGGUGCUUCGAUAAAUGUCAUGCCAUAUAAUGUUUAUCAAUCACUAGGAUUAGGACCUUUGAAGAAUGAUAAUGUCAGUCACUUGAUUUUUCCUGCAGAUUUCUAUGUGCUAGACAUGGAGGUAUCACCAUUAGAGACAACUCCACUACUUUUGGGGAGACCGUUCAUGAGAACUGCAAGGACAUGCAUCGAUGUUGCAAAUGGGAGUUUGACGAUGGAGUUUAAUGGAAAUGUUAUCAGCUUCAACAUUUUUGAGGUAAUGAAGUACCCAGUUUCUGACAUUGACUCGUGUUAUUCUGUGGAUGAUUCUAUUGCACAGUCUGUGGUACAAGCCCCAAAGUUAGAUUUGAAGGAGCUUCCAGAUCAUUUGAAGUAUGUGUACCUUGGAAAGAAUGAUACUCUACCAGUUAUUGUGUCAUCAACACUGAGUAAGCAGCAAGAAGCUAGAUUGAUUGACGUGCUUAAGAGGAACAAGAUCGCUAUUGGAUGGACUUUGGCGGAUAUCAAGGGGAUCAGCCCUACAACUUGUGUUCAUAGGAUACUUUUGGAGGAUGGCGCCAAGCCUACACGUGAUGCUCAGAGGAGAUUGCACCCACCAAUGAUGAAAAUCGUGAAAGAUGAGGUGAUCAAGCUGCUUGAUUGUGGAGUGAUCUAUCCUAUCUCGGACAGUCGGUGGAUUUCACCAGUGCAAAUUGUGCCUAAGAAGAGUGGGGUGACUGUUGUGAAAAAUGAGGCGAAUGAGUUGGUACCCCAGAGGUUGGUGACCGGUCAUAGGAUGUGCAUUGAUUAUAGGAAGUUGAAUGCUACAACACGCAAGGAUCACAUGCCUUUGCCGUUCAUGGACCAGAUGUUGGAGAGAUUAGCUGGACACGAGUUCUAUUGUUUUCUAGAUGGGUACAGUGGGUACAACCAGAUAUGCAUUCAUCCGGAGGAUCAAGAGAAGACGACAUUUACAUGUCCAUUUGGCACUUUUGCCUAUCGACGCAUGCCUUUUGGUUUGUGCAACGCACCAGGUACAUUUCAACGAUGUAUGCUUGCUAUUUUCUCUGACUUUAUCGAAAAUAUCAUUGAGGUCUUUAUGGAUGAUUUUAGUGUUUAUGGAAAAAACUUUGAUGCAUGUUUAGAGAACUUAGAGAAGGGUAUUGAGGUAGACAAGGCUAAGGUUGAUAUUGUGCAUCACUUACCCUCUCCCACAACUGUGAGAGAGGUUCGUUCUUUCCUUGGUCAUGCAGGAUUUUAUAGGAGAUUCAUCAAGGAUUUUUCCAUGGUGGCGAGACCUAUGUGUACCCUAUUGCAAAAGGAGGUGUCGUUCAUAUGGGAUGAUGCAUGUGAGAAAGCGUUUGUGAAAUUUAAAGAGUUGUUGACUAGUGCACCCAUCAUUUGUCCUCCGGAUUGGAACCUGCCCUUCGAAUUGAUGUGCGAUGCUUCAGACUAUGCAAUUGGGGCAGUGUUGGGACAAAGAAGAGAAAAGAAGCCUACAGUAAUUUACUAUGCGUCUAGGACUCUUAAUGAGGCCCAGAUAAAUUAUUCGACUACUGAAAAGGAGCUUCUGGCUGUAAUCUUUGCUUUAGAAAAAUUUCAAUCAUAUCUUUUGCAUUCUAAAGUUAUUGUGUAUUCUGACCAUGCCGCAUUAAGAUAUUUGAUGACUAAAAAAAAUGCUAAGCCCAGGUUGAUCCGGUGGAUACUGUUGAUUCAAGAAUUUGACCUUGAGAUUCGAGAUAAGAAGGGAAGUGAGAAUGUGGUGGCUGAUCAUUUGAGUAGGAUCGUGCGAGAUGAGGAAAGAGAGCCACUACGUGAGACUUUCCCAGAUGAGCAACUCUUUGGGAUGGAGGUAAGUGUGCCUUGGGAUGCAGACAUUGUCAAUUAUUUAGUUACUAAGACUUUUCCUAGUACACUUUCGCAUGCUAAUAAGGCUAAAUUGAAGAAAAUGGCUAGACAUUAUAUGUGGGAUGAACCGUAUUUAUGGAAACAAUGUAGUGAUCAAGUCAUUAGGAGAUGUGUCCCAGAAAAUGAGUCUUGUGAUAGGUGUCAACGGACAGGUAAGAUUGGUCCAAGAGAUCAAAUGCCCCUUACUCCUAUUAUUACUGUCGAAAUUUUUGAUGUGUGGGGUAUAGAUUUCAUGGGUCCAUUUCCUUCAUCUAGAGGAUUCGUGUAUAUCUUAUUGGCUGUUGAUUAUGUGUCAAAGUGGGUGGAGGCAAAGUCUACCAAGUUUAAUGAUUCAAAAGUGGUUGCAGGUUUCUUGAGAACUAACAUAUUUUGCAGGUUUGGAGUACCACGUGUUUUGAUAAGUGAUGGAGGUUCUCAUUUCUGCAACCGAACAAUUGAGGCAUUGCUCAAGAAGUAUGGAGUAACCCACAAAGUUUCGACACCAUAUCAUCCUCAGAUAAGUGGCAUGGCAGAAGUGUCUAACAGAGAAAUCAAGAGAAUUCUGGAGAAAACUGUCUACAUCGAAAGUUGCAGCUUAAUGAGCUUGAGGAGAUUAGGAAUGAGGCUUACGAUGCUUCGUGGAUUUACAAGGAGAAAACCAGUGCUUACCAUGACAAAAUGA